AUGAAGGGCCGCCCGGUCGAUCAACUCGUGUAUGAGUACAUGUUCCCAAAGCCCCGGCCAGAACACCCCCAGAACUUUCACGCCUUUCUGCAAAGAUAUCUCAUCCUCGAAGUCCGGCAAGAGACACACAGUUUCUACGGCCACCUCGACACGCCCGAAGCCAAGUACCCGGGGCUCGACUACACGCAUCCGAUCCACCGCAUUCGCCUAAGCCGCUGGCAAUGGCAUCGCCGCCUCUUCCGUGCCUUUGACGCGCUGCGCCUGACGCCUGCCGAGAUUGCGGGCCUGACAAAAUGGGAAGGCACAAAAUGGGCAAAGGAACGCUUCGAGAAGGAGCAGGGCUAUCCCAUACACGACACUACUGCUGAUGGGUUCCCGAACUAUACGGGACUCGAAGCCCGGGCCGGUCUGUCGACAGAGUCUUCGCGCCGACAACUGGAGGAAACCGAGGCCCCCCUAAGCCCACCUGAGGAGACUGCGGAGGAGGAGGUGGACGAUGAUGAAGGGCAGGAGGAAGAAGAGGAGGAGCAAGAAGCGGACGAGGAUGAGGAGAGCGACGGGGAACUUCAGAGCGUCGGCCUGGCUUUGAAUGAACGACUUCGAGAACGAGUCGCGCUGCGGAACAUUUCCGGCGACAUCUCGAUGCCGCUAGACGAGGAGUGGGAGAACUGGCUCAAGAAUGCCAUAGAAUCGGGGGAAUUGCCGCAUGUGGCGGACCAAAUUGCCCGGCUCCCGGGGCAACACAGCAGGUUGACCGCAGACGACAUCUUCCCGCCCCGCAUGAUGCUUGCUGCCAGGACUGGCAACUGGCAGGAUAUUCCAGACUUCCUUCACGACAUGAUUCGGCAGGCUCUUGAGUCCGAGGGCCGAUCCGCUCCAACACUCACACAGGCCCCCUCCACAAGCGUGCCAUCGUUCUCUAGAUAUUCCAAUGGGCUCGGCACCCUCGCCAGAGUCGUACCCUAUGCUUCCUAUGCUCCGGAACAACGACGCCGUUACUCGGAUCUUCGCCGUCCGGAUGCCGAUGAUCGCCAUGGAUCGUCCCAGUCUACUACGCGGGUUCGGCAAAUGGCGCAGCCAGGUGCCUAG